CCCAGGUAAAUGCAUCGUGUCUAUAAAAAGGUUGACGCUACAUGUGCAUGUCUCAUUUAUCAUCUAUACGGAUAGUCAGCAACAUGCCUUCGUACAAACUAACAUAUUUCGAUGCCAGGGGAAGCGCCGAAUUGACCCGACUGGCGUUAGCUGCUGCGGGAGCUGACUUCGAGGAUGACCGAUUGAGCCGAGAAGAAUGGGCGGCACUGAAACCAGAAACUCCACAGGGAAAAGUCCCAAUUUUCAAGGUUGAUGAAAAGGUCAUUCCUCAAAGCCGUGCAAUGCUACGGUACAUAGCCCGACAAUACGGUCUCUACGGUAAAGACAAUGAAGAAAAAACCGAUGUGGAUGUAGUCAUUGAAACCGUUCAGGAUCUGAAUGACCAAAUAUUUAGAUCAUUCUUCGAAAGCGACGAAAAGAAAAAGGCCGAGCUUCACAAGGAAUUGCUGGAUAAGACAGUGCCAACGUACUUUAAAAUCUUCGAGAAACUUCUAGGAAAAAAAGAUUGGAUGGUUGGAUCAAAGCUUUCUAUUGCUGAUCUGGCAGUGAUGAAUGUGUUUGAUUACAUGGAUCCGCUGUAUGAGAAGGUAAAUGGGCAAAGUAUCUAUGCUAAAAAUCCUGUAAUGAAGAAUCAUGCAGAUCGAGUGAAAGCCAUUCAAAACAUCAAGGAAUGGCUGGAGGAACGUCCUGAAACUGACAGACGCUACAGGUAUAUGUCUCAUUUAUUAUCUAUACGGAUAGUCAGCAACAUGCCUUCGUACAAACUUACAUAUUUUAAUGGCAAGGGAGGCGCCGAAUUGACCCGACUGGCGUUUGCUGCUGCGGGUGUUGACUACGAGGAUGAACGAGUGACGCGAGAAGACUGGCCGGCACUGAAACCAGAAACUCCACAGGGAAAACUCCCAAUUCUCAAGGUUGAUGAAAAGGUCAUUCCUCAAAGCCGUGCAAUGCUAAGGUACAUAGCCCGACAAUACGGUCUCUACGGUAAAGACAAUCAAGAACAAACCGAUGUGGAUGUAGUCAUUGAAACCGUUCAAGAUCUCAAUGAGCAAAUCUUUAAAUCAUUCUUCGAAAGCGACGAAAAGAAAAAGGCCGAGCUUCACAAGGAAUUGCUGGAUAAGACAGUGCCAACGUACUUUAAAAUCUUCGAGAAACUUCUAGGAAAAAAAGAUUGGAUGGUUGGAUCAAAGCUUUCUAUUGCUGAUCUGGCAGUGAUGAAUGUGUUUGAUUACAUUGAUCCGAUGUGUGUGAAGGUAAAUGGGCAAAGCAUCUAUGCUAAAAAUCCUGUAAUGAAGACUCAUGCAGAUCGAGUGAAAGAGAUUCCAAACAUCAAUAAAUGGCUGAAGAAACGUCCUGAAUCUGAGUUUUGAAGUGAAGUUAUCAUGACUUUGUGUUUUACCCUGAACUCCUUGUGUGACGAUAUUCUGCUAGAUACUUACCCUUUAGGUGAUU